AUGAUGCCCAGCCAUAGUACUCGCGGUUUGCCUAAACCCGCGGCACAUGAUUUCUGGUCUCCUCCGACAGCACGCCAAGUGGUCAAAGAUGGAGAGCGCUCCUCGGAUCUUAAAGCUCGCCUGGAACACACGAGCACCUCCAAUCGAGGUGUUCUUCAGGGGCGAGUGCCUGUUUUGGGGUCUAUGAGGAGGUCGUCCUGGCAGGAAGGACUGGAUCUGCUUUACACCAUGCUCAAAUCCAAGAUCCAAGUCGACACAGUUUGCUUCAACACGGUCGCCACGAAGACCGAGAAGCAGCACUGCUGGUUGUGGGCGGUGCACUUGCUGCCUGUGUGCCAGUGCGCUGCCCUCGUGCCAGACCAGGUGGGAUUCAACAUUGCCAUCUCAGCCAGCAGCCGCACAGCGUGGCGGACCUCCUUGGACCUCCUAGGGGCCCUCGACGAGGGGCGGCUGCGCCGCGACGCCUUUGGCCUCAGUGCUUCCCUGCGUGGUUGCAAGGAAGCAUGGGUUGUUGCAGCGGCGCUUCUGGAUUCGGCGGUUCGACACGGGGUAUCCUUGAACCUCGUUGUUUGGAAUGCGGCCAUCCGAAGCACCGGCUCAGGAAGCUGGUGCCAAGCCCUUUGCCUCCUUCGUCAGGUAGCAGCUGAGGCGUCGCCAACCUCUGCCUCCUUUGGCGCAGUGCUGCACGCCUGCCGCAGCGCAGGCGCCUGGCAUACAUCCGCUUGGCUUAUGGAGUCGUCGGGCUAUGCUCGCGUGCCCCCCAGCGCGGUUAGCGCCACUUCGUUGCUUGGGGCAUUCAAGGAGGCAGCUGUGGCUUGGACGAGGGCGCUGGCAGUCGUUUCAAGACUUGUUCGAGGCAAGCUUGAGCCAGAUAUGGGCUUCCAUCGGGUUUGCAUCGCAACGAUUGCUAGCGACUGGAUGCGGUGCCUGACGGCGAUGCAGCAUGUCACGUACACAGUGUCGGAGGAGAUGCUUACAGAUCUUUCUGCUGCGGCCGCAAAAGCUGGUCAGUGGGAGCGCUGCUUGGCCCUCUUACCUCUGGGGACACUCCCAGGGGUGCGACACAACACGGUACUGCGGGGGUGCCAAAAUGCGGAGAUGUGGGAAGCUGCUUUCCAUCUGCUUGGCAGCUUCGGCUGGGAUCGUAUUCAGAUGGACCAGAUCAGCUUCCACACGACAGCGGCAGCUCCCACAGACCCAUGGCAAUGGGCUUCUGCAGUGCUUCGGGCCAUGGUGGUUGGCAGGCUUCAGCAAGAUGUCGUCAGCGUGAACACGGCAGCGGCAGCCCCGUUGGCGCGUGGGCGGUGGCGGCAAGCACUGGAAUGCUUCAGCCAUGCCUCCACAGUGAGUAUCAGAACGGACCGUGUGGGCUUGAGCACCAGUAUCGCCGCCUACUCAGCGGCACUUCACUGGCAAAAUGCCGCUGGCACGUUGCAUGCCAUGCGCCGGCAUGAACUGCCACAAGAUGUGCUCGGCUGCAAUUUGCUGCUGGGGUGCUAUGCGGACGCCGGAUGCUGGCAACUGGCGGUGCAGUUCCUGCUGGCCGAAAUGUCCAUGAUGUCACUUCUGGCAGAUGAGACUAGCUGGAUCUCCACCCUGACCUCCUGCGCCGCAGCAUCACAGUGGGAGCUCUCCAGGGAGCUGCUGGCCAAGAUGCAUGCUUCCAGACUCGCUGUCUCCAGCGUGGCUGCCAGCGCGGCUAUCAGUGCCAUGGCUGAGGCAUCACUUUGGCAAAUGGCUGGCGCUGUGCUAGAAGACAUGCAGCUGGAUGAGAUGUUGCCGGAUGAGGUCCGUGACUUCAUUCAGACCCCGCAUCACGACACGACAUUUGCGUUUCACAGGGCGCAGAAGAUGACGUCACCAUGGGAGCUGCUUCAGCUUUGGAAGGACAGUGGCCGCUCCGCCGACGAUCAUGUGGCCCAGCUACAGUUGCCGCUAGUGGUGGACCUGUGUGGCAGCAUUGUACCACUUGGGUCGGCUGACGCGCGGCCGCGGCACCAGCGAGAGCAAGGCCUUGCCGGCAUGAAUGCCAGUUGGGAUCGCCACGAUGCCAUGCAGAUGGGCUUGCAGGACGAGCCAGGCUUUGCGGACUUGCUGGAAGCCGUGCGCGAGGCUGUCCCCACACUGGACCAGAAGGGCCUUUCACGAGGAGUGCUCAUGGGCCUCGGGGACACACACGAAGACCUGCCCUUCGCGCACGCGACGACUCCGUAUGCACACCUUCAGCGCGUUAUCGCUGUGGCCGAUGCGGCCUGUGCAAGGCUGCAGGCCUUUUGGAAGGAGGCUGCACCGGAGGCACUGGAUGACAGGGACUUGGGAUUUCCCCUCUUCGCUUUGUCCCGCUUGGCCAUCUACAAUGAGGACACUUUCGCUAUGGGCUCUUCACACCUUGCGGCAAAGAUCCGCUGGCCAGAGACAGGUGCAAAGGCCGAGACACCAAGAAAUUUGCCCGUGGCGGCGCUAAGGCAGUGGCUUUUGGCCUGCAACAGCGUUAACCACUCCUUGUCCGAGCAUGAGAGCCCGAUUGCUGAGUACAAGCCAGAGGCCGGCUGGGCGAACGAGGAGCACAGCCGCUUGCAUCAGAUGGCGGGGGCCUUGGUGGUCUUCCGCAACCCUGACCCUUUGCUUGCGGACGUACUCAAUGAAGUUCUCCGACGUCCCUUCGGUCAGAUGAAGCAAAGCAAGGCCGUCGCACUUUACGGGCUGCAGGCCGUGCGCUUGCUCAGCGAAUCGGGCGCCCUGCGCACAUCCACGCAGAUUCCAAGCUCUCUGACUCGCAAGCUCGAGCAGAGUCUGGAAGCAAAGUCUCGAGUGAUCCGCAGGCGUUCCAAGCUGGAAAGCGAGGUGGGCCGCGCCCUGCAGCUAUGUGGCUUCGAGCCCGUUCACGACGUGCUGGCCGCACCUGGCCUCUCAGCAGAUUUCCGGUGCCUCCACCGCGGCCGAGUCUUCUUCGUGGAGGCGCGAGUCGAAACUACUGGUAACGUGGUCUCCACGCAACCAGAUGGGCUCCCGUUAGCUUGGCAUGGCGGCCCUCUCUCGUCUUGCUGGGCCAGCAGACGCCAUGUCGAUGGCCCAUCUCACUUCUGCGUGCGCCCGUUCUGGCGCCCUCGCGGCCGCACCACACUGAAGCGAAGGCUCUUUGCCUCCAUGGGGUGGCCUCUUGUCUCUGUCCCCUACUGGAUUGCUGCAGCUCCAGGCGCCUAUGCUCGCCGGGAUCUGCCUUCGCGACCCCCGGCACUCGAAGCGGGGCAUGAAGAGAUCGAGCGCCUGGUCACCAGGCAAGGGAUACGAGGGCCAUGUGAGGGCCAUGUGAGGUGCCUGGUCUGCUGUCAGGGGUUACCAGGUUACCGUGCUGUGAGAAGGAGCGCGGCUUCAGUGGUUUCAGCGUUCGUGUUUCUCAGCAUGCCAAGCAGAGAGUUUAGGAGUUUAGGGGUUUAG